AUGAUAGUAAUAUUCUUGGUCCUCCAAUUAUUAAUAAAAUCAUCUUUGGCUAUAAAAAUUAAUCAAUCAAACCAUGAUGAACCUUUAAUAUCUGUUCCUCAUACUUUAUCAAAUCCUCCUCCUUCUUCUAUAAAUCCUCCCAUAUCUUCACCCUUGGAAAAUAAUUUUCGCCGGAAUAGUAGUUCAACUAUAGUUAGUAUGAAUUCUUUCUCAAGGUCUAAGAGUUCUGUCAUAGGAAAUUUUGUGACAGCAAUUAUUAGUGAAGAUACAACACGUACAAAACACCCUCGAAAACGUCAACUUAAACACAUGGGAUCUGCGCCUACUUUAAACAUUCCUUUUAUGUCUAUGACUAAGAAUUUAAAUAAAUUUCUUCGACAAUUCGCAUGGAUUUGA